CUAUGUUUUUAUCUCUCUCUCUCUCUCUCUCUCUCUCUCUAUCUCUCUAUCUUCUCCCCAUUUAUCCAAUCAAAAGUCCAACUUUUUUAUACUCACUUUCUCCUCUCCACUAGUCUCACUGCUACUUUUUCUACUAGUACUACAUUUUCCUUUAUGAGCAACAAUAUGAAGAACACCAAGAAGAAGAUGAUGAUGGGAGGCUUCAUGUGUCAGUCUCAAGCAUCAACCGCCAUUUGCAUGAAUCCGGAGUUUGGUUCUGUUAUUGUGCCUCGAAGAGCAACUGCUAAGAGAAGUAGCCUUAUUCUUGAUGAUACAAGAUUAACCAACAAUGCCAAAUACACCAGGCUUAUUGAGUCUGGUAGGUUCAAGUUCAACCAGCUGAGUGAUAAAAAACCAGCCUUUAACAAUAAUAACAACAACAACAACAAUAAUAAUAAUGAUAAAAAAGAAGAUCAAGUUUCACGGCUGCGUGACCCGAAUACCUCUCAGAAACAUCCAUCAGUACCAGAUUCAUCCAACCAUGCAUUCCAGGUGGUUGUCAUGCGUGUCGCUCUUCAUUGUCAAGGAUGUGCUGGCAAAGUGAAGAAACAUUUAUCAAGGAUGGAAGGGGUUACGUCGUUCAGUAUAGACCUAGAAACCAAAAGGGUAACUGUGAUGGGACAUGUUUCACCGGUUGGAGUCCUGGAGAGCAUUUCAAAGGUGAAAAAAGCAGAGUUCUGGUCCUGUUGAACCAAAUUUCAUUGCUAAGUUUUUUUCUUUCUUUUUUUCUUUUUUUAGCCCUCUGGAACACCCACAUGGUAGCUUUUAACAUUUGAUGGUCCCUUUAUCAUUUCAAUUUCAUUUUAUAUUUCUUUUAAAAAAGCCAAAAAAUAAAAAUAAAAAAGGAGAGGUUAAGGGUUGGUGGGAAUUUGAUGACAUUCAGUACUGAUGGUGAUGUAUGUUAAUUUAACAAAACAAUUUUACAACUUCUAUUUUUCUCCUUUUAAUUUA